CGUGAAAGACACAAGCCGGUAAGCCUAACCGCAUGUUUUCACGUGACCUCCGUUUCGGCUCGAACUAACCCGAUGCUCUGGAAAUCGUUUCAACGAGUUUACGAUACCUAUUAUCUCAUUAUAACCUCGGGGUUGCCAGUAUUUUGUACUUUCAGGUUUCUAGCUCAGUCGAGAAACUAUUAAACUAUUUGGUGUUAUGGCGUAGUUUACCCCUUGCAGUGUCACCCGCACCUUCAAACACUAAGGUGAUUUCCAGCCUUACAAGACUCAUUAAACUGCGAAGUGCGGAACACAUUCGCCUUCGAUGGAUAAUACGAGUAGCAGCUAGUACCGUUAUUGUCAGUUUUCUGGAAAGAACGAGGUUUUCUGUUCGUUAUAAAAAGGAAGCAGUCACUCCAGUCAGUACACACUCUCUGAAGCAAAGACGUUAAGGCCUACUCCGAGAAUACGGUAAACUGAACUAUUCGACAAAGCAGUUACGACGAAAGGAACGACCAAGAAUGAAUCAAUUUCAAGGGCAAAUGCCAUGGACAUCAGAAUGGCCUAAGAUGGAUUUCCAAGACUUCAGAUCGGUCAUUAAUGACCCUUUCUUUAAUGACUUCCUGAGUCUGUCUGAUUUGCAGAAGCCUGAAGCCCAGCAAGAGAAAGACUGGACUAUUCGCCUCGACGUGCGAGGCUUCAAGGCGGAGAAUGUUUCCGUCAGGGUAAGCGGCGAGAAAGUCGUCGUGCAUGCGGAGCAGAAGGACGGCGACGACUACACCGUGAUCAAAAGGCACUUCCCCAUAGCUGACGGCGUAGACGUCAAAGGAAUCAAAAGCAAGAUUUCCCCAAAUGGUGUCCUUAUUGUGAGAUGUCCAUAUCUGAAUCCGGAACUUGCGAAAAUGCAGAGGAAGAUGAAUGUGUUUGAGGAGCUUGGUCUAAAAGGAUUAGAUGACUCACUUCUCGACAGGAUGCAGCUAAACGACGACCACAAGAAGCGACUGAAGAGCCUCCUGCACUGGGGAGAUGUGCGGUGUCCAUCAUCGAGCGGCGUGGUGAACAUCACCAAGGAUGAGCAAGGCAACAAGAACUACGAGAUUGGUUUCAAUCUAAAAGAAUAUGAGCCCGAAGAAAUCAAGCUGAAAAUGACUGGUUAUAAACUUACUCUUGACGCCAAGCACGUUGAAGACAAGCCCAAUCAUCACGUCAGUCGGGUCAUCCGCAAGUCAGUCACAUUGCCCGAGACCAUCGAUACGGCUGCUGUGAAGUCCGUCAUGAAAUCUGAUAGGAUUUUAAGGGUCAGUGCGCCCCUUCUACCAGAAGAUUCCGCUAAGGAAAUUCCGAUCUGUUUCGAAAAUAUGCUCGAGAGCGGUAAGAAUGAGAGUGAACGUCGCAUCUGCCUUCCAUAGAGAGCGACAAAAGACGUGUGUUGUGGAGCAAUUAUUCCGCGAAUGGACUUGAAAAAUCAUUGCCUUGUCAACAGUAUACGCGCCUCAAAACUUCCGCAGAAACAGUAAGAGACGCGUCAAGAAACUGAGAAACAAUCUCUCGUAGAGGGUCGAGCGAGGGUGGGAGCCGAGUAAUUUCUUUGUUUUCCCGAGAACAGAAUCCCACCCUCGAAAUAGGCAUUAACUUCACUUUGAAGGAGUUAUGAUUGCUUCGGGAUAUCAAGCUCUCCAGCCAAAGGUCUACCCUAAAUGGAAAUAGCUGGUACAUUAUCAGUGUUAUACUUUUGCCACCUGUGAUUCGGUUGUGUACUGCAAUA